UGCAGGGGAAUUGGGGUGAGCUAGCUCAAGUCGUGGGGGUGGGGCAGAGGGCAACUUUCUUAGCGAUCUCACUCGGACCACCCGGUUGAGUUCGUGCUCCAGGCCCGCAGCACCCAGUCAGGCCCGAGGCCGCCUCCCGCAGCCAGGAAGCGGGUGCUGAGGUCUGGACAGGGCGUCAUUUGAGCAAGCCCCUUCUCGUCCCCCAUUUGCUGUCUUUCCAGAAACAGGAAGAGGUAACACGUGAAAGUUGUCCCCGCGCCCCGAGUGAUGCGCUCCCCUUUCUGUCUCUUUUUUCAGACAGCGCAGCCUUCUCCAUCAUCCUGACCCAGGAGGAGAAAUACCAGGAGAAUCUCCUCACCCUGCCCUGCCCCCAGCACACACCCGCCAGCUCACCUCAUGCCUGGGUCCAGGGUGGGUGAGGGUGAAGAACUCACCCAGCCAAGAUGAUCCCUUCCCGGGGGGCUGCUGCUGGUGUUCUCCCCCAGAUCCUGGGCCCCAGCAGGUGGGAGAGGGGCCCGCAUUGGAGCCCUGUCAGACUGCUGCAGAGGAGGUGAAGAGAGGUUGACAAGAGGUGCCCGUCCGGAGACUGGAGCUACUUGCCUUCGCCCUCCUAGACGCUUGUCUGCUGUAGGAGAGAGGGAUCUGCUGGUGCUUUUGCAGGCUGCGCGAAGCUGGACUGUGGUUUUGCCCUGGCACCUAUGCCCCUACCUCUGGCAACAUCAUGAGCCAGUUUCAGGUGCCCCUGGCGGUCCAGCCCGACCUGCCAGGCCUUUAUGACUUCCCUCAGGGCCAGGUGAUGGUAGGGGGCUUCCAGGGGCCUGGGCUUCCCAUGGCCGCGAGUGAACCCCAACUCCGAGCUGGUGGAGAUGGGCGGAAGAAACGGAAGCGGUGUGGUACUUGCGAGCCCUGCCGGCGGCUGGAAAACUGUGGGGCUUGCACUAGCUGCACCAACCGCCGUACGCACCAGAUCUGCAAACUACGCAAGUGCGAGGUGCUGAAGAAAAAAGUGGGGCUUCUCAAGGAGGCCGGGCCGUGGGGACAAGGGGCAGCUGUCAAGACAGGCUCAGAGCUCAGCCCAGUUGAUGGACCUGUUCCAGGUCAGAUGGACUCAGGGCCAGUGUACCAUGGGGACUCACGGCAGCUAAGCGCCUCAGGGGCGCCGGUCAAUGGUGCUAGAGAGCCCGCCGGACCCAGUCUGCUGGGAGCUGGGGGUCCUUGGCGGGUAGACCAGAAGCCUGACUGGGACGCUGCCUCAGGCCCAGCUCACACUGCUCGCCUGGAAGAUGCCCACGAUCUGGUGGCCUUUUCGGCUGUGGCCGAAGCUGUAUCCUCUUAUGGGGCCCUUAGUACCCGGCUCUAUGAAACCUUCAACCGUGAGAUGAGUCGUGAAGCUGGGAACAACAGCAGCAGGGGACCCCGGCCAGGGCCCGAAGGCUGCUCUGCUGGCAGUGAAGACCUGGACACAUUGCAGACAGCCCUGGCCCUUGCGCGACAUGGCAUGAAACCACCCAACUGCAACUGCGAUGGCCCGGAAUGCCCUGACUACCUCGAGUGGCUGGAGGGAAAGAUCAAGUCUGUGGUCUCAGAAGGAGGGGAGGAGCGGCCCAGACUCCCAGCGACUCUGCCUCCUGGUGAGACUGGCCUCCCAGUACCAAGUGCCAGGCCACUCCUCAGCUCUGAGGUUCCCCAGAUACCUCCUCCAGAAGGCCUGCCCCUGUCCCAGAGCGCCCUGAGCAUCGCCAAGGAAAAAAACAUCAGCCUGCAGACAGCUAUCGCCAUCGAGGCCCUCACACAGCUCUCUUCUGCUCUCCCACAGCCUUCUCAUUCCACCUCCCAGGCUUCCUGCCCCCUUCCUGAGGCCUUGUCUCCUCCUACUCCCUUUCGAUCUCCCCAGUCCUACCUCCGGGCCCCCUCCUGGCCUGUGGCUCCCCCUGAAGAACACCCACCCUUUGCCCCUGAUAGCCCUGCCUUCCCUCCAGCCACUCCUAGGACUGAGUUUCCUGAAGCCUGGGGCACGGACACCCCACCAGCAACUCCCCGGAGCUCCUGGCCCAUGCCUCGCCCGAGCCCCGACCCCAUGGCUGAGCUGGAGCAGUUGUUGGGCAGCGCCAGUGAUUACAUCCAGUCAGUAUUCAAGAGGCCUGAGGCCCUGCCUACCAAGCCCAAGGUCAAGGUUGAGGCUCCGUCUUCCUCCCCAGCACCACCCGCCUCUCCCAUUCUCCCAAGAGAGGCUCCCACUCCAUCCUCGGAGCCCGACACCCACCAGAAGGCCCAGACUGCUCUGCAGCAGCACCUCCACCACAAGCGCAGCCUCUUCUUAGAACAGGCCCAUGACACCGCCUUCCCCGCUUCCUCUGAGCCUCCUGGCCCUGGCUGGUGGGCUCCAACAAGCUCGCCUGCCCCACGGCCUCCAGAUAGACCACCCAAGGAGAAGAAGAAGAAGCCCCUGACACCAGCUGGAGGUCCUGUGGGGACAGAGAAAGCUGCCCCUGGGAUCAAGCCCAGUGUCCGAAAGCCCAUUCAGAUCAAGAAGUCCAGGCCUCGGGAAGCACAGCCCCUCUUCCCACCUCUCCGGCAGAUCGUCCUGGAAGGGCUGAGGCCCCCAGCCUCCGAGGAAGUGCAGACACAUCCUCCUGCUCCUCUCCCUGCCUCACAGGGCUCUGCUGUCCCCCUGCCCACAGAACCUUCUCUUGCGCUAUUUGCACCUAGUCCCUCCGGGGACAGCCUGCUGCCCCCUACUCAGGAAAUGAGGUCCCCCAGCCCCAUGGCAACCCUGCAGCCAGGCUCUACCGGCCCCCUUCCCCCUGCCGAUGACAAGCUGGAGGAGCUCAUCCGGCAGUUUGAGGCCGAAUUUGGGGAUAGCUUUGGGCUUCCUGGCCCCCCUUCUGUGCCCAUUCAGGACCCCGAGAACCAGCCAACAUGUCUCCCAGCCCCCGAGAGCCCUUUUGCUACCCGCUCCCCCAAGCAGAUCAAGAUCGAGUCUUCAGGGGCUGUGACUGUGCUCUCAACCACCUGCUUCCAUUCCGAGGAGGGUGGCCAGGAGGCCACACCCACCAAGGCUGAGAACCCACUCACACCCACCCUCAGUGGCUUCUUGGAGUCACCACUUAAAUACCUGGACACACCCACCAAGAGCCUGCUGGACACACCCGCCAAGAGAGCCCAGGCCGAGUUCCCCACCUGCGAUUGUGUCGAACAAAUAGUGGAGAAAGAUGAAGGUCCGUAUUAUACUCACCUGGGAUCUGGCCCCACGGUGGCCUCUAUCCGGGAACUCAUGGAGGAGCGGUAUGGAGAGAAGGGGAAAGCCAUCCGGAUCGAGAAGGUCAUCUACACCGGGAAGGAGGGGAAGAGCUCCCGGGGCUGCCCCAUUGCAAAGUGGGUGAUCCGCAGGCACACGCUAGAGGAGAAGCUGCUGUGCCUAGUGCGGCACCGCGCGGGCCACCACUGCCAGAACGCGGUCAUCGUCAUCCUCAUCCUGGCCUGGGAGGGCAUCCCCCGCAGCCUCGGAGACACCCUCUACCAGGAGCUCACUGACACCCUCCGGAAGUAUGGGAACCCCACCAGCCGGAGAUGCGGCCUCAACGACGACCGGACCUGCGCUUGCCAAGGCAAAGACCCCAACACCUGCGGUGCCUCCUUCUCCUUUGGUUGUUCUUGGAGCAUGUACUUCAAUGGCUGCAAAUACGCUCGGAGCAAGACGCCUCGCAAGUUCCGCCUCGUGGGGGACAAUCCCAAAGAGGAAGAAGUGCUCCGGAAGAGUUUCCAGGACCUGGCCACCGAAGUUGCUCCCCUGUACAAGCGGCUGGCCCCUCAGGCCUAUCAGAACCAGGUGACCAACGAGGAGAUAGCGAUCGACUGCCGCCUGGGGCUGAAGGAAGGACGGCCCUUCUCGGGGGUCACAGCCUGCAUGGACUUCUGUGCCCACGCCCACAAGGACCAGCACAACCUCUACAAUGGGUGCACUGUGGUCUGUACUCUGACCAAGGAAGACAAUCGCUGCGUGGGCAAGAUCCCCGAGGACGAGCAGCUGCACGUGCUCCCCCUGUACAAGAUGGCCAGCACGGACGAGUUUGGCAGUGAGGAGAACCAGAACGCCAAGGUGGGCAGCGGGGCCAUCCAGGUGCUCACCGCCUUCCCCCGUGAGGUCCGGCGCCUGCCGGAGCCUGCCAAGUCCUGCCGCCAGCGGCAGCCGGUGGAAGCCAGGAAGGCAGCAGAGGAGAAGAAGAAGAUGCAGAAGGAGAAGCUGAGCACUCCUGAGAAGAUCAAGCAGGAGGCCCUGGAGCUGGCUGGGAUCUCCACAGACCCAGGCCUGUCUCUGAAGGGUGGAUUGUCCCAGCAAGGCCUGAAGUCCUCCCUGAAGGUGGAGCCUCAGAGCCACUUCAGCUCCUUCAAGUACAGCGGCAACGCGGUGGUGGAGAGCUACUCGGUGCUGGGCAACUGCCGGCCCUCCGACCCCUACAGCGUGAGCAGCGUCUACUCCUACCACUCCUACUAUGCACAGCCCAGCCUGACCUCCGUCAACGGCUUCCACUCCAAGUACGCCCUGCCGUCAUUCGGCUACUAUGGCUUUCCAUCCAGCAGCCCUGUCUUCCCCUCUCAGUUCCUGGGCCCCGGUGCCUGGGGACACAGUGGCAGCAGUGGCAGUUUUGAGAAGAAGCCAGACCUCCAUGCUCUGCACAGCAGCCUGAGCCCGGCCUACGGUGGUGCUGAGUUUGCCGAGCUGCCUGGCCAGGCUGUUCCCACAGACACCCAUCACCCCACUCCUCACCACCAGCAGCCUGCUUAUCCAGGCCCCAAGGAGUACCUGCUUCCCAAGGCCCCCCAGAUCCUCCCAGCAUCCAGGGACCCCUCUCCGUUUGCUCAGAGCUCCAACUGUUUCAACAGAUCCAUCAAGCAAGAACCAGUAGACCCUCUGGCCCAGGCCGAAUCUGUACCCAGAGAUCCUGGUAAGAUGGGCAAAACACCUUUGCCCGAGGCAUCGCAGAAUGGGGGACCCAAUCACCUGUGGGGACAGUACUCAGGAGGCCCAAGCCUGUCCCCCAAGAGGACUAACAGUGUGGGUGGCAGCUGGGGUGUGUUCCCUCCUGGGGAGAGUGCCACCAUUGUCCCUGACAAGCUCAGUUCUCUGGGGGCCAGCUGCCUGACCCCUUCCCACUUCCCAGAUGGCCAGUGGGGGCUGUUCGCUGGCGAGGGGCAGCAGUCGGCAGCCCACCCUGGAGGACGGCUGCGAGGCAAACCGUGGAGCCCCUGCAAGUUUGGGAACAGCACCUCGGCCCUGGCUGGGUCCAGCCUGACUGAGAAGCCCUGGGGGGUGGGGGCAGGAGAUUUCACUUCUACCCUGAAAAGUGGCUCCGGGUUCCAACGCAAGUUGUGGAACCCCAUGAAAGGGGAAGAGGGACGGAUUCCAACCCCAGGGGCGAGCCAGCUGGACAAAGCCUGGCAGUCCUUCGGUGUGCCCCUUGGCUCCAGCGAGAAGCUGUUUGGGGCCCUGAAGUCUGAGGAGAAGCUGUGGGACCCCUUCAGCCUGGAGGAGGGGACGGCCGAGGAGCCCCCCAACAAGGGCGCCGUGAAGGAGGAGAAGGGUGCCGAGGAGGAGGAGGAAGAGCUGUGGUCGGACAGCGAACACAACUUCCUGGACGAGAACAUCGGCGGCGUGGCCGUGGCCCCCGCGCACGGCUCCAUCCUCAUCGAGUGUGCCCGGCGGGAGCUGCACGCCACCACGCCGCUCAAGAAACCCAACCGCUGCCACCCCACCCGCAUCUCGCUGGUCUUCUACCAGCACAAGAACCUCAACCAGCCCAACCACGGGCUGGCCCUCUGGGAGGCCAAGAUGAAGCAGCUGGCCGAGAGGGCGCGGGCACGGCAGGAGGAGGCUGCCCGGCUGGGCCUGGGCCAGCAGGAAGCCAAGCUCUACGGCAAGAAGCGCAAGUGGGGGGGCGCCAUGGUCGCCGAGCCCCAGCAGAAGGAGAAGAAGGGGGUCGUGCCCACCCGGCAGGCGCUGGCCGUGCCUACGGACUCGGCGGUCACCGUGUCCUCCUACGCCUACACGAAGGUCACUGGUCCCUACAGCCGCUGGAUCUAGGUGCCCGGGAGUCAGCGUACCUCAGCGUCGGGCCCGGCCCGAGCUGCCUCUGUGGUGCUUUUGCCCUCACACCUGGGGGCGGGUUGGGGGUGCAGCAGUCUUUUUAUCUAUAUAUACAUAUGUGGAUAUGCAUAUCAUAUAUAUGUAUUUAUGGUCCAAUCUUCAGAACUGACCCGCCCCUCCCUUCCCCACUUCCCCAGCACUUUGAAGAAGAAACUACGGCUGUCGGGUGAUUUUUUUCCGUGAUCUUAAUAUUUAUAUCUCCACGUUUUUGUUUUUUUUUUUCUCCCCUGGUUUGGGGGGCUUUUAUUUUCGCUUCGUUUUUAAAACUCUAUCCUUGUAUAUCACAAUAAUGGAAAGAAAGUUUAUAGUGUCCUUUCACAAAGGCGUAGUUUUAAAUUCCAUUUAAAAUGUGUAUUUAUUGGAUUUUUUUAAAGCGACAAUAGUAAUGGGAAAGGAUCUGCAGCAAAGGAUCAGCCAGCAGGGCUGUCCUGCCCAGGCGUGCUGGGCCCAGCAGCCCCGCCUCCAGGGCCACCAGGCUCAGCCCGCUGCCCCUCUCAAGCCCAGUGCGGGUAGCCGCCCAGGCCAUCCCUCCCACAGACACACCUUCCCCUGGGGAAGGGCGCCCUCAGGACAGCCUCUGUCCUCCAGCAGGAUGGGAGAAUCUGUAGAACACCGGGGGGCCCCUCUCAGUCAUUGGCUUGGGAAUGGAGGGGCAGAUGCGCACAGGCCAGGCCCCGGAGAUGCUGGCAUAGAUUUCCCUUGAAACCAGGUUGGAAGUAGACAGCUUCAAGCUUGCUAGUCUCCACACUGAAUCCUCUCUGUCCCUUAUUUAUCGAGUCACAUGAUGUCAUGGUUCGCUAGGCAGCACCUCACAAUGGGGCUGGAGUGGAAGGCUCUCAGGAGCCGUUUCCACCGCGUUGACAAACCAAUGAAUACUGGGCUGAAGGAAUUUGUCUUGGUGGCAAUUUUUUGUAAAUGCCCCAAAGUCUAAGCUGAUACCGAAAAGGGCUACUGUAUCUUUAAAAACAAGAAGUUGAACCCAAGCUGUGAAAAGCCAGCGUAGCUCUGUGCUUGGCGCUGUGCGGAGCCUGGUGCUGUAGUCGGGUGCUGGGACCUUCUUGACUCUUGGGCAGGUCACUUCCUGCGGGAGCUCAGCAGACCAGUGUAACAGUAGUGAACACAUCUGUCCUUAUUCCUGGAUUUCCACAUUGGACAAUGGUGCAAGCCUCACACCUGAGCCCACUCCCUCCGUGCUAGCCCGUGGGGGCGGGUCUACACUUCACAGUUCUAAAGCGCAAGAGUCAAACAUUUUCAGCAGGUUGCUAUGAUUUUCCUCCCUAAUUGGUGCCAUUACUCCCUGGGAUCAUUUCCUCCUUUCCCUUGUCCCCUUCCACCCACUUGAACACACCCAUUGUACAAUUCUGGUGCAUCAGUUCAGUUCUUCGAAAUGAGAAUGUGGUGCUUCAUUUUGUGACAUUUUUGAGAGAGGUUGGGCCUGACAGGUGGAAGCAAGUCAGACUUGCGAGUGUGUGUUUUCCCUGUGGUGUUAGCAGAAAUGAAACCAAGCUACCCGUGUGGAUGCGUGUGCUGAAUGGGGUGGGGGGGCUGUCCGGACACACAGAGGGGUGUGGCCACACAGAGUGACAACCAAGCCCUGAGAUAAACAUCAGCGAUUUGUUGAGCAAUCUGAUUCAGAUGUGGGUCUUAAACGAGUUUAACAAUCAGAUGGCGAUGCUGAAGGCAAGUCCCUGAGCUUCCAGGUGCCUUGUUAAGAGCUGAGAGCCGCCCGGCUGGGUGUUUACUGUAACCGUUGGGAAGCACUGGCGGAGAGUCGCCGCGAGAUGUCCUGAGCGUUUAUGUGGUCUGGUUUUAACUGUAAAUAGUGAAAGAUUUUUUUAAGCACUUUUGCCUAGAUUUAAACAGCAACUUGAAAAAAAAAAAGUAUGUUUUAACAUGUAAUUGUGGGAGAAAUUGUAAAUAGUAGCUGAAUAUUUAACGUGCUUUGUCUAUCCUCCACUUUUACCAUAGUCUGUAAAGUUGCAUUUAUUUUACAGGACAAAAAUGAAAUAUUAUUGCUUUUGAAAUAAAUACCCAAGAGCUUAUCAGGAUUUAGAAUUAUUCAGAACUCACAUUUAUAGGAAAACCUCUGACCUUCAGGGCGACAAGCUAAAGGAAGCAGAGUCUUUAAUGAGCAUGCUAAUUUUCUAGUUUUGAGGGAAAGUUGGGUCCUUUAAAUGCUAUUUUGCUUAUCGCAUCAGUACUUUUAUGCAGGUCUCAUUUGACUCCGUGCUUAGGUAGAUGCGGGGGUGCCUUGAAAACUUCAUUUUAAAUGAUCUUAAGCAAGAAAUACGAUAUUUUACGAAACAUUUGGAGAAUGUGACCGUCUGUGUGACCCGUGGGAGCCCCAGGCUGGCUGUUGGUUUGGAAGGUCCUGAGUGUAACCAGGUGAUUCGGAUAGUGGCAUGUGUGAAUCUUCCUGAUGUGUGUUCAGUAUACUCUUGCCCUCAUCACCCUUUGGUAGCAAAGCCAUUAGAUGCAAGGAGAAACCAGUACAAGCGAAAGGCAUGCGAUGUCUGCCCCCCCCCCCAGCCCACACGGCCUAGAUUCACACAUUCAAGACUAGGAAACGGGCUGCGGGGAGGCGAGUCAAGAGGCGGUCUCCAUUGGACAUCCCGUUCCCCUCCAGGUGGCGUUUGCAGAGUUAGGUGGUGCUGUUGCCGUGCGAAGCCCAUGCUGAUUUUUACACACUACAUGUAUAACCUACCUCAAAUCUCAGUCAUUGAAAUUAGCAUGCUUUAGACGUAUAUUUAAAAAGUAACUAUGCACAGCUCUAUAUCCCCCCCUUGCUGCUGAAGGUUUCUUAAAGAGAAAAAGUCAAAUUUUUAUUUUUUACUGGCGCUAUCAUUUUUUAAGUCCUAAAGAUGAUUAACAGACGUUUUUAUCAUGAGAAGAAAAAUAAAGCCAUUCAACUAAAGAACCUAACAGCAUGACCAAGUUUUAAAGAGUGAUGUUACAGCAACGGAGAACGAUGGCGUCUUAGAGUCAUCUCCCCACUGUGCCCUGUCCACGGACACCAUCCGCAUGCAGUGCGAACAUUCGCUUCCUCUUUCGCUUUGCUUUGUUUUCCCUGCCUGUUGCGUGCGAGGGAACUUGCAAGGUUCUGUGCUAAGAGAUUUGUAAAACAAAAAUCGCUUUACAGCAGGUUCUCACAAAAUAACUGGUGCUAGCUCAAGAAACCGUCAACUGACCAUUGGAAAUCGUGGUGGAAGGCGUUGCAUGGAUUUGGGGGUUUUUGGUUUUUGUGGUUGGGUCUGGUUUUCAGCAGGGCCGAAGCUUUCCACACUCUGGCUUCCUGGGGACUGCUUUGCCUUUUCACCAGGAUGAUGGUGUGCGUGGGAAGCGAUCGUGCCCUGCGCCCUCUUUGGCCUUUCCACCAGCCUCUUUGGGAGACAGUGGUUUGCAGAGCAAGGGAUUUCUUAAGUGCUCAAGCGAGGAAAGAAGUAGCAGAGCUUAAUUGCUUAGAAUCAGACAGCAGUCGAUGCGAGGGUGGGUGACGAUGAGUAGAGGGUACCCUGGUUUCGUGGAGAGAAACCCAGCCAGACUUUUCUUCUUGAAGUUUAACCGCCUCAAGAUCUGAAACCAAGGCAAAGCUGGUGGAAAACGAGAUGAUAUCCCUGACGUGCCUCAACCAAUCUCUCUUUCCUUUUGUUACUGAAGUGUGUUUUAUGGACUAGGAAGCAUUUUUAUGAAUUGAAAUAGUCUAAACAACAUGGUGCUAUGGUGUUUAAUGUGACUGUCCCUGACCCUGUCUUGCUGAGGUGCUAUCCACGUUCUGAAACCACAACCAACCAAAAACAAGGUGGGCUCCGUCUGUCGGCUUUCCCCUCCCCUCUCUUGGUGCUGUCCUCUCAGACCUCUGUUCACCGUGCCGUCAUCUGCUCCGAGCAGGGGUUUCGUUUGGUUCGGUUCGGUUCGGUUCGGUUCGGUUCGGUUGUUCUUCCCUCGGUGGCCACACACAGAACGGCAAGUCACCAAGGCCUGGCUCCCGAGCUCGGCAGGAGCGGGCCUGGCCUGGCUUGGCGGGUGCUUCGGUUUCACACUUGACUUCUCAGGCCUCAUGAGAAAGAGUGCAGGGUGCUUGGGUGUUCUGAGGAAAGGAGUCGGGGACUCCUGUCUCUUCUAGCAUGCAGACACUCUCACAGCCAGGGACACACGUCGUUCUCCUGCAGCCCAGGGUGCUAAGCAGACGGCUCUGGGAGUCCGAGGAGCGUGGGGGCGGGGGGGCCGGAUGGUUCUCCUUCCUGCCUGGCCUCACCACCGGGACCGUGGGGGUCAAGGGGCUCAUUCCUUUGCUCCUCGUGGUCUUUGCCCAGAGUCGCUUCUGCCUCUCAUCGGGGACCCCUCAUGUUCAGAUGAAAGGAAGCUGCUUGGCUCGCGCGAUGCCACUGAGGCCGCUUUUUAGUUGGUGCUAUUCUCAAUUUUGUCUUGGGUCCACAGAAGCUGGUGUUUUCAAAACUCAACAGGAAGCUCCAUUUUGUGUCAUCCACUGUCACAAUAGUUGUUUUAAAUACCUCAGAAACAGGACAUUGUGACAACUUCAGUAAAGUAGAUUCCACGAGGGUCUGAUCAUCGCAGGUCGUCCAGUGACGGGCUUGCCUUGAAUCUGGGGUCACUUUGUUGUUCAUUCCUCAGCAGUUCACAUGGCAGAAUGCCUCAAGGAAGGAGCGCGUUGACUUGAUCCAGUUCUCUCAGUUGUGCUUUCGAGUCCAGUGUGAAUCUCCUAGGCCCAUCUCACUGAGCUUUCUCCGUCGUUGCUGUCCGCUGGAACGACUCCCUCCAGACCUAGGUGUACUAGCCGGCUGCAUCUGUCGUCCGUGGCCCGCUUCAGCAUACCCUGGACCAUGAACUUGGUGAGGUGCACACUCCAGCGUAGGUCAUACCGUCCCCGCCCGCGCGCGGCCUGCGGGUGCUCCGGCCCUGCCCCAGAGCCGCAGGCUUCUCCCCUGAGCAGAGACUGCAGCGCCGA